UAAACUAAUUUUUUUAAUUUUUUCUCUCAAAUUUUAAUGUUUACAUUCUUUUGAAAUAGAUGUGAGUUAUCCCUUUCUUCAUAAUAGAAGUUAACACACUUUACCAAUUCCCAUUUAUUGGAUACAUGGCAAUUGCUUUAUUCCCAUUUAUAGAAGUUGCCUAUUCCCAUUUAGUGUACAGAAGGCAUUUGCCUUAUUCUUUUUUUCAUUAUAGAAAUUGCGCAAAAUAAGUCUCAAGAAAAAACAAACUGUCUAUUCUUCAAUUCAUAUAGAGAAACAUCAAUAAUCAGAGCUUGACUCAUGGCGGAAAUGGCGGUGUCUUUAGUUGUUGACCAACUACUUCCACUGUUAACGGAAGAAGCCAAGCUGUUGAGAGGCGUUCACAAGGAGUUCGCAGAGAUUAAAGAUGAACUGGAAAGCAUUCAAGCAUUCCUGAAGGAUGCUGAUAAAAGAGCAGCAGGAGCUGAAGGAGACAACACCGGUGAAGGAGUCAAAAUAUGGGUGAAGCAACUUAGGGAGGCAGCUUUUCGCAUAGAAGAUAUCAUUGAUGAUUAUUUGAUCCAGUUAGGACAGCAACCUCGAGAUCCUGGAUGUAUAGAUUUACUUCAUAAGCUCAAAACUAUGAUCCCUCGUCGUCGAAUAGCAUCUGAGAUACAAGAUGUUAAGACAUCUGUUCGUGGGAUCACAGAAAGAAGUGAAAGAUAUGGCUUCCAACGUUCUUUUGAACAAGGAACAAGCAAUUCUAGAGGAAGUAGGAAUGCCAAAUGGCACGACCCUCGAGUCGCUGCUCUUUACGUUGAGGAAACUGAGGUUGUGGGAUUUGAAGCACCAAGACAAAGAUUGAUUGAUUGGAUGGUACAGGGAAGGGAAGAGCGCACUGUGGUGUCUGUGGUAGGAAUGGGAGGGCAAGGAAAAACAACUCUAGCCAAGAAAGUUUUUGACAGCAAGGAUAUCAUGGGACACUUUGAUUAUCGUGUAUGGAUUACAGUGUCUCAAUCAUAUAAUUCUGAAGGAUUGUUGAGAGACAUGUUGCUAAAGGUUUGCAAAGAAAAAGGAGUGACACCUCCCGAGGGUAUUUCUCAAAUGAAUCGGGAGUCAUUGACUGAUGAAGUGAGAAAUCACUUGCGGAAAUCGAGGUACCUUGUUGUCUUUGAUGAUGUUUGGAAUGUACAUUUUUGGGAUGAUAUUGAAUUUUCUGUAAUUGAUAGUAAAAAUGGAAGUAAGAUAUUUAUAACAACAAGAAACAUGGAUGUUGUGUUGUCUUGUAAAAAAUCUUCUUUCAUUGAGGUGCUUGAGCUGCAACCUUUAACUCAAGAACAAUCAUUGAAGUUGUUCAAUAAGAAGGCAUUCAAAUUUGACUACGGAGGGUCUUGUCCCAAAGAGCUCAUUGGUAUAGCUAAUGAAAUUGUUAAAAAGUGAAAGGGUUUGCCACUAGCAAUUGUUGCUAUUGGUGGACUUUUAUCUACAAGAGAGAAAAAUGUGUUUGAGUGGCAGAGAUUUAGAGAAAAUUUAAAUUUAGAGCUAAAGACAGAUACACAUCUAAUUGGGAUAAAAGAAAUUUUAAGUUUAAGUUAUGAUGAUUUGCCUUACUAUCUCAAGCCAUGCUUGUUGUAUUUUGGAGUAUAUCCAGAAGAUUUUGAAGUUAAAUCAAAGAGAGUGACUCGACAAUGGAUAGCUGAAGGGUUUAUGAAGGAGGAAAAGGGAAAGACAAUGGAAGAACUGGCUGAGGGAUAUCUAAUAGAGUUGAUCCAUAGAAGCCUGGUUCAAGUAUCCUCGCUUAGAAUUGAUGGCAAAGCUAAAGGUUGUCGUGUUCAUGAUCUAAUACGCGAUAUGAUCCUUCAAAAAAAUAAGGAUUUUAAUUUUUGCAAGCAUAUUAGUGAUGAUGGACAGACAUCCUUAGGUGGAAUAAUUCGGCGCUUAUCAAUAACAACAAUUGACGAUGUUUUCAGGGAGUGUAUUAAUGGAUCUCAUGUUCGGUCCCUAUUUUGUUUUGGAAAUAAAGAAAUAUCCACGUCCUUUUCAAGAGAAAUCCCGACAAAGUACAGGUUAUUGAAGGUUCUUGAUUUUGAAGAUUUUCUGAUGAAGAAUAUUCCUAAUAACUUGGGAAAUUUCAUCCACUUGAAGUAUUUAAGCUUCAAGAGUUCAAAUUCUGGAGUUAAAGUCCCAAAACCCAUUGGCAUGCUCCAGAACCUAGAGACCUUGGUUGUAAGGGGUGAAUAUUUUAUGGAGUUGCCAAAGGAGAUUAGCAAGCUUAGAAAGCUAAGGCACCUUAUCGGCCACCGACUAUCUUUGAUUCAAUUAAAGGAUGGUAUUGGAGAGAUGAAGUCCCUACAAACUCUGCGUCGUGUUUCUUUAGAUAUGGAUGGAGCAGCAGAGGUAAUUAAAGGGUUAGGAAAGCUGAAGCUGAUAAGGGAUUUGGGGUUGCUUGAGGUUCAUAAGGAAAAUGAAAGAAUUUUCUCUUUCUCAAUCAAUGAAAUGCAGCAUUUGGAGAAACUAAGAGUUCUUAAUUUUAAAUAUAAUAACUUUGUUGAUUUGAAUUUGAUUUCACCACCAACUAUGCUUCAAAAACUUAUACUAAACGGCAGGUUAAAGGAGUUUCCAGAGUGGAUGUUCGCUCUUCAAAAUCUUACUGUGUUGAGGUUGGUGUGCCCGUAUUCAGUAAAAGAUCCAUUGCAAUCACUAAAAAGUAUGCAACACUUGUUGAUCUUAUUGUUAGACCUUAGUAUGUAUAAAGGUUUACAUUUGCAUUUUCAAGAUGGAUGGUUUCAGAAACUAAAGGAACUGAGAGUUGAUCAUUCAUAUAAAUUGAGAGAAAUUAUCAUCGACAAAGGAUCAAUGCCUUCUUUGAAAACUCUUAGUUUAAUGAGGCUUUUCAAUCUGAAGAAUAUACCCACUGGCAUCCAACACUUGGAGAAGCUUGAAGAGCUCUGGAUUGCUGGUGUGGAUGAUGAAUUUGGGGAGCGCAGUUCUACUGAGGAUUGGAAUUGGAUCAUGGAUCAUGGAGCUAAUAUUUAUUCUAAAGAUUUUAACAAAAUUAAAAAGUCAAGGACUUAGAAAUCCUGCUAUAUCAUACUCCAGGUGAUGGACUUCAACUUGGAGUGCAGUGGCAAUUGAGAUUCUCGACGUGGACAUUUUACUACAACACUUUGAGAUUUGUGUUUCUCAAUAAAUAAAUAAAAUGUGUGAUCGUUCUUUAACAUUGGUGUAUUAAAUAUCUAAAUUGUUUGUAACUGUAAUUGUUGCUUUCAAGAAUUGUGAGACCUUAUUUUUCAUUUCA